GGGUCUGGAGCGCGGCGGCGGCCGCUGUCAGUGUCGGUGCGGGAGCGUCGGGGGCCGGGCCGGGGCGCAGUCAAUGGCGGCGGCGGGAGGCGGAGCGGGGGCCGCGCUCUAAGCCCGGGGCCCACCCUCCCCCCACCGCCCCCGUCUCCAAACCGAAACUUUCGGCUCCGAAGAAAAAAGGGAAAAAAACCCACCCGCGAACCCCGCAACUUUUCGGGAAAGUGCGGCGGCUCCGGGGGCGUGGACGGAAGGGCCCGCCGAGGCGGGAAGUCUGGGGGUGGAGGGGAGGCGGCGGGCCGAGGGGGAGACUCGAACCCGCGGCGGCGGCGGCGGAGCAGCCCGGCCGGACCUCGCGCCCAGCGAGCCGCGGAGCGCGCGGGGCCUCGCGGCCGCGGGAGCCGCGGGAACCGCCGGGGCCGCCGCCGGGCCCUGUGCAGGCUCGGGCGCUGCCCGCGCGCCUGGCGACGACGACGACGACGACGAGGAGGAGGAGGGGGAGGAGGCCGGGGCUGCGGGCAGCGGCGGAGGAGGCCGCGCGGCGGCCCGGGGGUCGGGGGGCCCGGGCGCCGCGCUCCCCCGCGGGGCGCCGCCGCCGCCCGGGAGCCCGCGGCGAAGAUGGAAGGCUUAACGCUGAGCGACGCCGAGCAGAAGUACUACUCGGACCUCUUCUCCUACUGCGACAUCGACAACACCAAGAAGGUGGCGGCCAACGGGCGGGUGCUCGAGCUGUUCCGGGCCGCGCAGCUGCCCAACGACGUGGUCCUGCAGAUCAUGGAGCUGUGUGGUGCAAAAAGACUUGGCUACUUUGGAAGAAGUCAGUUCUACAUUGCUUUGAAGCUUGUAGCUGUAGCCCAGUCUGGCUUCCCCUUGCGCGUGGAAAGUAUAAAUACGGUGAAGGACCUCCCCUUGCCGAGAUUUGUCGCUUCAAAGAAUGAACAGGAGUCUCGCCCCGCCGCGUCCUACUCUUCAGAUUCUGAAGGCCAGGGCUCGUAUUCUGGUGUCAUUCCUCCACCCCCUGGCCGGGGGCAGGUGAAGAAGGGACCCGCGAGCCACGAUGCAGCCGGCCAGCCCCGCACCUCCGCUGAUCAGCAGGAGCCCUCGUCCCCCGUCGUCUCCCCGCAGCAGUCCCCGCCAACCUCUCCGCACGCCUGGAAGAAGCACAGCCGCCACCCCAGCGGGGGCAGCGAGAGGCCGCUCCCAGGACCUGGGCCCUUUUGGUCUCCCUUUGCGGGGGACGCGCAGUCAGGUUCUUCUGCCGGUGACACAGUGUGGUCGGGGCACUCUCCACCUCCACCGCAAGAUAACUGGGUCAGUUUCGCAGAUACUCCACCAACCAGUACUCUUUUAACCAUGCAUCCUGCUUCUGUCCAGGACCAGACAACAGUACGAACUGUAGCAUCAGCUACAACAGCCAAUGAAAUUCGUAGGCAAUCCAGUAGUUAUGAUGAUCCUUGGAAAAUAACAGAUGAACAAAGGCAGUAUUAUGUAAAUCAGUUUAAAACCAUUCAGCCUGAUCUUAACGGAUUUAUUCCAGGAUCUGCAGCUAAAGAAUUUUUUACAAAAUCAAAACUCCCUAUCCUUGAACUUUCUCAUAUUUGGGAACUCUCAGACUUUGAUAAAGAUGGAGCGUUGACACUGGAUGAGUUUUGUGCUGCUUUUCAUCUGGUAGUUGCUAGGAAGAAUGGCUAUGAUUUGCCCGAAAAACUCCCUGAAAGCUUAAUGCCCAAACUGAUUGAUUUGGAGGAUUCAGCAGGUGUGGGGGAGCCGCCAGGUGAGGUAGGGUACUCAGGCUCUCCCGCAGAAGCGCCUCCGAGCAAGUCCCCGUCGAUGCCGUCACUGAAUCAGACUUGGCCCGAGCUGAACCAGAGCAGUGAGCAGUGGGAGACAUUUAGUGAACGCUCUUCAAGCUCACAAACUCUGACCCAAUUUGAUUCUAACAUUGCACCAGCUGAUCCUGAUACCGCAAUUGUUCAUCCAGUCCCUAUUCGCAUGACGCCAAGCAAAAUUCACAUGCAGGAGAUGGAACUUAAAAGAACUGGCAGUGAUCAUACUAAUCCCACUAGUCCAUUGCUUGUGAAAACUUCUGACCUUUCAGAAGAAAAUAAGAUAAAUUCAUCGGUGAAAUUUACUUCUGGAAAUACCGUAGCAGAUGGUUACAGUAGUUCAGACUCUUUCACUUCGGACCCAGAACAGAUUGGAAACAAUGUAGCUCGUCAGAGGUCUCAUUCGGGAACGUCGCCCGAUAACACGGCACCACCACCUCCCCCGCCCAGGCCGCAGCCCUCCCAUUCCCGGUCCUCGUCUUUAGAUAUGAAUCGGACCUUUGCGGUCACCACAGGACAGCAACAGGCUGGAGUAGUCACUCACCCUCCUGCAGUGCCUCCGAGACCACAGCCCUCGCAGGCACCUGGUCCCGUUGUCCAUCGCCCAGUGGAUGCUGAUGGCAUCAUGACUCACACAAGUACCUCACCCCAGCAGAUCCCGGAACAACCAAACUUCGCAGAUUUCAGCCAAUUUGAAGUAUACGCCGCGUCCAACGUAAAUGAAGAGCAAGACGAGGAAGCCGAGAAACACCCAGAGGUCCUGCCGGUUGAAAAAGCUUCUGAUCCUGCAUGUUCGCUUCGAGUUGCCAAAACAGACAGUAAAAUUGAAGAAAAGACAGUUGCCAGUGCUCCCGCCAAUGCGAAUAAAGGCACAACACCUCUUGCUCCACCACCUAAACCUGUUCGAAGAAGAUUAAAAUCAGAAGAUGAGUUAAGGCCAGAAGCUGAUGAACAUGCACAAAAGACGGGUGUCGUAGCCGCCGUCCUGGCAUCACAGCCUUCUAUUCCUCGAUCUGUUGGGAAAGAUAAGAAAGCUAUUCAGGCAUCAAUUAGACGAAAUAAGGAAACCAACACAGUUUUGGCCAGACUGAAUAGUGAAUUGCAGCAACAAUUAAAGGAUGUCCUUGAGGAGAGAAUUUCCCUGGAAGUUCAACUGGAACAACUUCGACCAUUCUCUCACCUAUAAGCCAACUGCCGUUAACUGUGAACAUACCCAUUUUUAAGCAGUUUUGGGUUCAAAGCCAAGUUGGAAACCCAAACGUUCAGCUCACUGCUUAAUUCAACAUUAAAUUUUAUGAUUCUCUUUUGCUCUAUAUGUUCACCAUUGUAUUUAAGUAUCUUUUAUUUUUUAAUUUCAACAAUAAAGGGGUCAGGAUGACUUUU